CAAGCCAGCUUGUUUGGAGGGGCCAAAGUUUCAUGCAAGCCUCGACAUUGCCGCCAGACCGUGUCCACAAGCGGUCGCACUCCCGCGGCAGAAAUGGGCGGCUGUGGAGCCAAGCCCACCGACGGUCCGCGCACGAGAGUAAGGGUGCCCACGGAUCACCUGAAGGAAGUGCAGGACGGGGGAUUUGGAAAGGCACAGUUCAUUUUGGACAAUCCCGCUAGGAUCCAGGACGUGUACAACAUGGAGCAGAAGCGACUCGGUGAGGGGUCCUAUGGGUCGGUGAGCAAGGGCGUCCACAAGUCGACCGGCGUCAUCCGCGCCAUCAAGACCAUGUCGAAGGCCAAGAUGAGACAUAUCGAGCGGUUCCAGAGGGAGAUUGCAAUCAUGAAAGUCAUGGAUCACCCAAAUAUCAUUAAGUUGUUCGAGUCGUUCGAGGACCAUCACAAUAUAUAUCUUGCUAUGGAGCUGUGCUCUGGAGGGGAGCUUUUCGACCGCAUCAUUGAGGCAGGCCACUUCAACGAGAAGGAUGCAGCGAUCGUGAUGCAGCAAAUGCUUAGGGCAAUCUUCUACCUUCAUGGGCAGCAUAUCUGUCACAGGGACUUGAAACCAGAAAAUCCAAGAGCAGGCCCGACACAAUCAGCCGCGGCCUAGCGUGGGGGCGGCUUUUCUGUUCCAGAGCAAGGACCCGAUGGCGAGCAACGUCCUGAAGCUCAUCGACUUCGGCCUCUCCAGCAAGUUCACCGACGGCGGGCUGAUGUCCAGCAGGGCGGGGACCCCGUACUACGUCGCGCCGCAGGUGCUCGCUGGAAGGUACAACCACCUCUGCGAUCUGUGGUCUGCUGGCGUGAUCAUGUACGUCCUGCUCUCUGGGGUGCCGCCGUUUUUCGGGCAGACGGACCAGGAGGUACUCGCAAAGGUGAAGCAGGGACAUCUGAAUUUCAGAUCGCGGGACUGGAGCGGCAUCUCCGAGGAUGCGAAGGAGCUCGUCCGCAUGCUGGUGAAGAUGGACCCCGAGGACCGCCUCGACGCAGAGCAGGCUUUGAACCACUCCUGGAUCCGGAACUGCGCGCCUCAAGCCUCCAACGUAUCCCUGCCCAGCAACUUCGUUCCCAAGCUGCGCAGGUUCCGGUGUCGUAGCAAGUUUGCGAAGGCUGUUCUGCACGUGAUUGCCUCCCAGCUGAACGAAGUUCAGAUCAAGAGCCUCCGGGAGACCUUCCUGUCGCUUGAUAGCAACGGGGAUGGACUGCUUACUCUUUCCGAGCUGAAGGAAGGGCUCUCUCAAGCGGGCCUCACGCAGCUGCCGCAAGAUUUGAAGGAGAUAAUGGAAGGUAUUGAUGCAGAUGGCAGUGGCGUGAUCGAUUACACAGAGUUCUUGGCCGCCACCAUCGAGAAGAGGCAGUAUAUUCAGGAGGACGUCUGUUGGACUGCUUUCCGGGUCUUCGACUUGAACAGCGAUGGUAAGAUCACCCCGCAUGAGCUGAGGAUGGUCAUGAAUAGUGGCAAAAUGGAUAGUGUGGUGGACAUACAUGCGACGGCCGAUGUGCUGAAGGAAGUGGACGCGAACGGUGACGGUGCGAUCGACUUCAAAGAGUUUAUGGCCAUGAUGCGUGGUAUGUCUAUGAACGCGGACGCAGUGCCGUGAGCUUUUGCAUGUUCACUGUGCCUGGCACGCGGUGUAGCGUCACCAUCACGUGUAGAGCAAAGUAUCUAUCGCGACGGUCUAAGGUCGCACGCAUUGUGGCGGGCAGGAGCGUAUUACAGAACAUGCGAUUGUCGCGACAAAUCUGUGCACCAGUUGCCGAACACAUGUCCACAAGAGACACACGUACUUGUUAUCAAAGGUGUAUCCACCAGUACAUUUUCAUGGCGUAGAUCGGAGUUGAGAGCCGCCAGCGCUUCCAAACAGCCAAGUCGUCAUCACCCUCUUUAUCUCUGUCC